AUGAAGUCUUUGGUGCUGCGAAGUCCUCGCGCCGUCAAUAUUCGCAGAGGAAAGAAUGUGCUAAGAAGAAAUAUUUAUUAUCAAACUUCCGGCAAUGCACAGCAAUAUGCACCUUAUGCUUUGCCUGAAGGCGAGGUGUCUUCGGACAUAUGUAACUGUGGUCCUCAGCCAAGCGCAUGCCCAUCUGGACCACCUGGGCCACCUGGACAACGAGGAUUGGACGGA